AUGGCACCUACUACGGCAGCUCUUCCGAUUACGGUAGUUGAUCUGAUUGAUAAGCAUGCCUUGGAAACCCCAAACAGUAUUGCUGCCGAAUGGCAUGUGCAGGACACCAUAGCGUCGCUUCACAAGACAUUCCGACUAGCCAACCAGUGGCAAUGGAGCUAUCCAGAGCUGACAGAGAUUGUUAAAAAGACAUAUGGUGACUCAUACUGGUUUGAUUCGUCUAUUAUUAUACUUUGGGACAUGGUAAUCGAUACAGAGUCGUGGCAGAUUGCGUCUACGCAGCCGAGAACUGCCUCUGGUGAGCUUGACGUUGCUGAUAAAGAUGGAAUUGUUCAUUUGAUGAUACAGUAUGAUACGGAACAGAUUGCAGCUGAGGAAGUUGAGAACCUUCGUCAAGACUUUGUCCAAAUAUUAGGCGAUUUGGUGAAGUCGUCCAGCAAAACCACUGUGGACGACAUAGUGUAG